GCUGGGGUUCUUAAGCCAUCAGCUAGCUAGCGAUUGGUGCACAUGCUGCGUAAAGGAGCUGCCUAUCAGCCCUCCAUACUCUCUGGUUUUGUUUCUGUCUUGGUGGGUCUGGACCCAGCUGGUGCAUUUUUUAUUUUGUACCUACUAUGUGCAUGGCACACAUUUCUCAUAGCCUCCUUCCAUACAUUCAUGGCCUCUUCAGCUACCAUGUGGCUGACAGCAGCACUGUCCCAGCCCUGUACCUUCAGAAGUGUGGCCUCACCCCAAGCUGGAUGGGUAAUCAGAGUGAGUGCUGAGUUCCAGUGCUCCCCCUAGGAGCCACUCUUGUGCAGUGCACAACCAGUGCAGCUCACAGUGACAAGAAUACAAGUGGGUGGUAGUGGUAAAGGGUCCAGUUCAUUCUUGCCAGAGACAGAAAACUCCAGUGAGGAGGUAAACAGAAAGUGGUCUCCCAACUUGCCAGGCACUGAGGUGUACACCUAGCUACUCAGGAGGCUCAGGCCUCCUGGAUCACAAUUUUGAGGUCAGCCUGGGCAACUUAGACCUUGACUCAAAAUUUUAAAGGGCUGCCGAUGUAGCUCAGUAGCAGGUCAUUUACCUAGCAUGUGAGAGGCCCAGGGUUUCAUGCCUACUGCUGGGGAGGGAGGGAGUGAGCUGGGUGGAAAGGGAGGUCCCGCAGGGGCAGAACCUAUGCUGGGAGCAGAUGGAGGCAGGCGGAAGGGGGCAUGCCCUGCCUUGCUCCCUGUCUGCACUGGCACUGGCCAACCAGGGCUGGCAUCUGCCCGCAGACGUGGACUGGGCUGCUCUCAGAGAGAGCCGAUCUUAGCCUUCUGUGACCCGGAGUCAGUGGUAGUAACUAAUGAUAGUCACUGGCAUUAAACAUUUACCACGCACCCCAGCUAAGUGCUCCCCAUGCAUUAGCUCAGCCCAUCCUCAGGCUCCGGCCCCAGGGCUAUUAUGCGUCCUGCUUUGCAGAGGGCAGCUCCAUUGUGUAGCGAGGUUAGGUAAUGCUCCCACGGUCAUGGUUGCGCAGUGAUGGGGCUGGAAUUGGAACUCGGUGUCUGACCACAGAGCCCCAGUGGACAGACUCAUGCAGUUGCCCAGGCUGGGCUUGAACUCGAGACCCUCUCACCUCAGCCUCCCAAAGUGUCAGGGUUACAGGCAGUUACCGCUCUGCCUGAGCUGGAGCCUCACUUUUGGGUUGGUGGGGGGCCUGCUAAAGGGGGAAAGGCUGCGGAAGUGGGACUCAGAGGCCAGAGGCUGGCGAAGGGAGGCAGGCCAUUCUGGGGAGAGGCCUCAGCUGAGAACCUGUUGUGCACCUGCAGGGGGAGGAAGCCAGGAGCUCAGCCAGAGGCCAGGCAGGUGUUGCAUCAGAGUGCUAAGCCAUGGGAUCAAAUACCCUGGCAGCAGGGGGGCUGGUCUGUUCCCCCAUGAUGCCCUUGCUGCCAUUGGUCUUCCCAGCUGGGAGGGAGGGGGUUACAGGAAGUGGCCCCAGGUCAGAUAAGCGGAGAGAAGGAAUCGCUGGGAUCGUCUCCCAGGCACACUGCAGCAGCCAAGAGGUGACAGGACCGGCUGCAGGCAGCAGCCUCAGGCCAGAGGACUCCCGAGGGUCCCCAGACCCAGCAGUGCUCCCACCAUGCUGCCUUGCUUGGCCCUGCUUCUCUUGGCAGGACUAUCCGAGGGCACUUCGGCAGGCCGCGGUGGAGAGGAGCUGGCCCUUGGCGCUAAAGCACGGCCCUGGGUGACCAUGACCCUGGAGGUCCCUGUCCCCAGCAUCCAGCUGCAGCUGCAGGAGGCCAAGCGGUUCUUUGGGCUGAUGGGGAAGCGGGUGGGAGGUGUCCCUCGGAUCCAUCCGGAGCCCGCAGUGCCCUCCCCAGGCUCGGAGCGGGAGGACCCGGGUUCAGAGUGAGAGGCCCCACAGGACGCUUCCCAGAGAACGUCACCUCCUCUCCUCGGGGACAGCAGACCUGGCGGUGGGCCGACUCCACCUCGCGUCUCCUGUCCUGCAUGCUGGCACUUGCUGGAUUCAAAGAGUUUCUUCCAGGACUCAGCAGUGGACAGUGGUGGUUGUACAGAUGUGCUGGGCCAUUCUCCAGAGCUGGAGCAACCCUGUCCUCCCUCGAACUUCUGUGACAGCGUCUCGGGGCCAGCCUGGCACUCCAUACCCCACACUUGAUGCUGGGUUGGGGUCUAAUAAAUGAAUGACCAUU